AUCAAAAGUUUAUAACGUUUUAAUCGGAAAUAUUGAAUUUAUUUCACAAUUAUAUCAAAUUGAAAUUCCUCAAUCAGCUUUGAUAAUUAAAGAAAAACAAGAAUUAUUAGGUAGAACAACAAUAUUUGUCGCUAUUAAUGAUUCUUUUAUGGGUUCAUUAUUUCUAUCGGAUUCAAUUAAACCUGAAUCAAAAUUAACUGUCGAUGCAUUAAAAUCUAUGGGAUUAAAAGUUUCUAUGAUAACUGCAGAUCAAAAAUUGACUGCUCAAUCGAUUGCUUCUAAAUGUGGUAUAGACGUUGUUUAUUCACAACUUUCAUCAAAAGGAAAAUUAAAUAUUAUUCAAUCAUUACAAUUGUCAAAUGAAAUAGUAGCGAUGGUAGGAAAUGCUGAUGAUACAAAUGAUUCUUUAGCAUUAUCAAAAGCUGAUAUUAGUAUAUCAUUAUCUUCUUUAACCACGGAUUAUAACAUGGAUUAUUCUGCUGAUAUUAUGUUCAUGAAUGGAAAUUUGUUAACUGAUAUAAUAUCUUUAUUCGAUUUUUUAAGAAAAUUAUUUAAUCGAAUGAAAUAUAAUUUUAUUUAUAUCGGUUUAUGUAAUUUAUUAUCAAUACCUAUAAAUUUAUUAUUGUUGUUGUUAGGUUUUUAUUUAAAUCCUAUUUUGGCUGUUAUCUUCAUUUAUUUAAUUAGUUUGCCUGUUGUAUUUUCUAAUUUGUUAUUAAAAUCUUGGGAAAAACCUCUUUGGAUUAGAAUUUCUGAAGAUAAUGUUGUUAAAUUGGAAAAUAGAAAAAAUUAUAUGCCGGUAAAUAUCAGUAAUAGUAAUAGAUUAAUAGAUUGGUUUAGAAACAAAAAGUUGAAGUUGAUGGAAACGAUGUUUGGCACUUGUAAUGAUUCUAGAGUAGAAAACGAAAAUAUUAUUCGGGUGUAAAUGUUGGAUUUUAACUCAAAAUUUU